UUCCGUAGCUAUUCUUUCAUCUGCUUUUUCUUGAACAAGAGCCAAAACCAAGAGCUCUCUAUCUAGCCAUGGCGACCUUGGAUUCCGACGUGCCGAUGGUCCCUGUCGGCGAGGCUUCGAGCAGUGCCGGACCUUCUUCCUCAAAGAGGAACAAGCGUUUCGAGAUCAAGAAGUGGAACGCAGUCGCUCUCUGGGCCUGGGAUAUUGUGGUUGAUAACUGUGCGAUUUGCAGGAACCAUAUCAUGGAUCUUUGCAUUGAGUGCCAAGCGAACCAGGCUAGCGCUACAAGUGAGGAAUGUACAGUUGCUUGGGGGGUUUGCAAUCAUGCCUUUCAUUUCCACUGCAUCAGUAGAUGGCUCAAGACUCGUCAAGUGUGCCCAUUAGAUAACAGCGAAUGGGAGUUUCAAAAGUAUGGUCAUUAGAGUCAACAUGCGGUGGCCUUUGGACCUGCGCAUCUGUUUCUGCUACAGUCUUGCUAAGAAAGACCAGGAGUUCGCAUCUCUUUCUGCUACAGUCUUGGUAAGAAGGACCGGGAUCUCAUAUCUGUUUCCAUAAUCCAUUUACUCUUUUUGUGAAUUGUGCUGGAGUGUCUUAUUUCCAUGAAGCAUUUGGACUGUAUAACUGUAGGAGUUUGAUUGGUUACAUAUCAAGUGCAAUAUGUGAAGUUCUCUAAACAUUUUUAGCAC